AUGAGAUUCUACGAGCAGAAGUUUCCGGAAGUGGAUGAGCUGGUGAUGGUGCAAGUGCGUCAAAUAGCAGAAAUGGGUGCAUAUGUGCAACUGCUCGAAUACGACGGUAUCGAAGGAAUGAUACUCCUCUCCGAGCUUUCACGUCGUCGCAUAAGGUCAAUCCAGAAGCUGAUCAGGGUCGGUCGCAAUGAAGUAGUCGUUGUGUUGCGUGUAGACAAGGAGAAAGGCUACAUUGAUCUUUCCAAGCGUCGUGUGUCUCCGGAAGACGUACUCAAGUGCGAAGAACGCUUCAACAAAUCCAAGGCAGUGUCGUCGAUAAUGGCACACGUUUCAGGUAAAUUGGGCAUCGACGCUGAAAAGAUUUACUCAGAUGUAGCUUGGCCUCUGCAUAGAAAAUACGGCCACUCUUACGAUGCUUUUAAACUGUCCAUCUCUGAACCAGACAUGAUAUUCAAUCAAUUAGAAGUCAGCGAGGAUAUCCUGCGCGAACUCAAGGCAAACAUCUCAAGAAGACUCACUCCCCAGCCUGUCAAAAUUAGAUCUGAUUUGGAGGUUACUUGUUUCGGGUACGAUGGUAUUGACGCUAUCAAGGGCGCGCUCAAAGCUUGCGAAUCCCUCCAAACUGAAUCUAUCCCUAUUAAGAUUAAACUCGUCGCUCCACCUCUCUACGUCGUCAGCACUACCAGCACCGACAAGCAAGGCGGCCUUUCUCUCCUCGAGAAAGCCGUGCAGGUCGUUCAAGAUGAGAUGAAAAAGUAUGGCGGCGAGGUUAACAUCAAGAUGAAGCCAAAGGCCGUGUCUGAAUCCGAAGACAACGAGCUCCAGGCCCUCAUGGAGAGAGUCGAGAAGGAGAAUGCUGAAGUGUCGGGCGAUGAGUCUGAAAGUGAUUAA